GUUGAGUGAUCAAUCACUAUAUCACUUUACGAAUUUGACUACAAUUUGUGAAGUAAAGUAAAAAGAUGGCUAGGCAAUAUUAAAUUUUGUAAACUUAGGAAAAAUUUAUUAAAUUAUUAGUCAAUUUUAAAUAAUUAAUAUCAAUAGUGUGUAGUUUAAUAAAUAAAAAUUAGAGCUUUUGUUAUCUGUUGUUGAGUUUCAUCUAGGAAUAUAAUAAAAAAUCGUUUCAACAGAUAUUUUUUUGAAUAUUCGAAUGCACUAGUGUAAUACAUGUAUCUACUUUUGAGAGUAUAAACUAAAAAAACGCGCUCAUGACUACUGCCGAGUGUGAAAUAAAUUUUUAUUAAAUUUAAAGUUAACUUAUAGCAUAGAGAAAGAUCAAUUAUACUUAAUAUAAGCCUAUAUAGUUCAAUUCUAAACUAAUUUAACAUUACAAUACAUUCAUCAUAAAUUUUUCUCAAACACAUUUGGCUGUAAUAUAAAUUAAAAUACUAUCUUUCUAUUUUGUGACAAUAAAAAAUAUUCAUAAUGGUAAAAGGAAGGCGAAAGCGUGCGCCAGUCGUAACAAAUACUGUCACGGCUAAACAAUCAUCAACUGAAGCUAAUGAUUUAAUUAUUUCACCAUUUAAAAAAGAAAUAAAAUUAGAAAAAAAUCCAAUUGAUGAAAAAAAAAGUGGAAUAAAAACUAGAAAUCGAGUAACAAACUCAAAAUCAUCUGUUUCUAUUGCAUCAUAUUUUCCAUUGAAGGUUGAAGAUGUUGAUGCCAAUAUGUCUAAAGCAAGUUCAUUAUCAAAUUGCAUUUCUGCAGAUCAAGUAUUAUUGAAGAAUGAAGAAAAUAUCAAAUCGGAAUUAGAAGAUAUUGUUUCAAUUAAAGAACUCUUUAAAACCGAUGAAACACCAGUAGCUGUACCAUGUCAAAAUUCAUCUACUCCACAUCGAAUAAAUAUGCCAAAUAUCCAGAUUGAUGACACCGAUAAAGCUUUCGUUCAUAAUACAGAUGAUAUAAAAAUUCCUGAAUCGGUGAAUGCAAUAAAACCAGUUGGAAAAAAAAAUGCUGGACGAAGCCGAGCUAAAUUAAAGUUCCAUUCUCCAAAAAAUAAACCGACAGAUUCUGAAAUAGUAAAUGCCAAUCACAAAGUAACUGAGUAUUUUCCAGUACGUCGGAGUAUUCGUAAAUCUAAAAAGACUGUGCUUGAAGAAAAGCAACGAUUAAUUGCAAUGAAGGUAUUGAGUCAAACAGAAGAUGGUCUAGAGGUUAGACAUUUUGUUGGUAAAGGACGAGGAGUGGUAACUACCAGAGAAUUUUGUAAAGGAGAAUUCGUAGUUGAAUAUAUUGGAGAGUUAAUCGAUCAAACGACUGCUAAAAAACGUGAAGCUGAAUAUGCUAAAGAUCAAAAUACUGGCUGUUACAUGUAUUAUUUUCAACAUCGUAAUCAACAAUAUUGUGUUGAUGCAACAGCAGAAUCUGAUAAGUUGGGUAGACUUGUUAAUCAUAGCCGGAAUGGAAAUUUGAUAGCUAGAGUUGUUGAAGUUGAAGGUAUUCCUCAUUUAGUGCUAACCGCAAAGGAGGACAUUCCCGUUGGAGUUGAAUUAACUUAUGAUUAUGGUGAUCGAAGCCGUGAAUCAAUUCGUAAUCAUCCAUGGCUAGCUUUAUAACCGAUAUUAAAUUUGUUAGAAAAUUUUAGUUUCACAAUCUUGACUGAAACCAUACUUCUUCGCUCGUAUUUUAUUAAUGUUGUUACCAUAUUGUAUAUAUGUGAAUAACAACAAUUACAGUAUGAAUAAUUAAAUUUAUCGAAGAAAAUAUAUUAAUGUACAAAUGAAGCGAAGACCAAGUUUUAGAGUUGGAGCUAUGAAUAUUAACAUUCAAAAAAUACAAUAUGUUUUUUAGAUAAAUACGUAUGUAGAAUUAUCAUCUUAGAUAUUUUACUAUGCAUAAUGAUCAUUUAAAUAGUACAAUAAGGCAUAGAUAAUGACAAAUCAAUUUAUUGAGGUAAAAAAUAGUAUGUUUGAAUAUUUAAUUCGUGAAAACUGAUCUUUAAAUAAUCAAUUAUUAUUUUAAAUUAUAUACUCACUAUUCAUGUAAACAUUUGAUAAUUUGUGAGAAAUUCAUUGAGUAUUUGAUUAUUUUGCACUGC